AUGGCACCGAAACCUAUAUCGCCGCAAAGGCAAGUCGAUCUAAUCACAACCAUCGAGCAACUCAAACUUCAAGCUCGAGACUACCGCAAAAAGAUCAGUGCUAUUCACAACGUCAAAUAUUCAUCCCGGAAAGAGCGUAGCGAAGCUAUCAAUGCCGUCUAUGCCCAGCGCCAUGCACUCAUCAAUGAGAUCAAAACCUUGGAGCAGAAAUCACGAGAAGAGACGAGGCCGAUAGACGUGAACUUUCUCAAAGAUGUUCAGCAAGUCUGUCAAAUCAUCGACAGUUUGAACGAGUGGAUCACACAUGCGAGCUUCUUACUUGGUCAAUAUGUUGUUUCAGAUGGCGCGACGAAGAGUCCAGAACAGAUGGACCUAGAGGCUGGCAUUGCGGUGUCCAGAGCGAAUCUUGCUUCGUGGCAGCAAGAAUACGAGCGCUUGACAAACUCUCCGAUGAUGUGA